UCUUUGUCUCACACACUCUUUUGUUAGCCAUGCCUAGCCUGCUGGUUCUAGCAGGGAUCAUGGAGAAAAAUGGGGGCUACGGCGCUGAUCUGGCCGGCUCCGGCUUCGGCAGCGAGGGUCUCCUCGUGCCGCCCGACGAGGAGGAAGACGACUCCCGUGCCCUCAGGGUCGCGCUGGGCCAGUUGUCUCUGCUGGGGCUCGGGGAAGGCGAGGACGGCGGCGGAGCCCCGACCACGGGAGUACAGGACCGGAGCAACAAUAACAACAACCACCACAACCACACGAACAACGUCGGGGGCGGCGGGGACACGGCGAUCCUGCAAGGGAAGAGCAAGUUGUGCGCCCUGUACGAGAGCUCCUCAAGUGAGACGAAGGGACGCGGCUGCAACAUAACAGAAUGCGUCCCAGUGCCCAGCUCCGAACAUGUGGCCGAGAUAGUGGGGAGACAAGGUUGCAAGAUUAAAGCCCUGAGGGCCAAGACCAACACCUACAUCAAAACCCCGGUGAGAGGAGAGGAGCCUGUGUUCCUAAUCACUGGCCGGAAGGAGGAUGUUGCACUGGCCCGCCGUGAAAUCAUCUCCGCUGCAGAGCACUUCUCCAUGCUCCGGGCGUCCCGCAACAAGCUGGGGGUGUCCUUCAGCGGCUCCCCGCCCACACCUUUGCCAGGUCAGACCACCAUUCAGGUGAGAGUGCCAUACCGGGUUGUGGGGCUGGUAGUGGGGCCUAAAGGAUCCACCAUCAAGCGCAUCCAGCAGCAGACCUGUACGUACAUCGUCACUCCCAGUCGAGACCGCGACCCCGUCUUUGAAAUCACGGGGUCGCCGAGCAACGCCGAGCGCGCCCGCGAGGAGAUAGAAGCACACAUCGCCUUCCGAACAGGAGGCCUGCAUGACCACAAUAAUGAGAAUGACUGUAUGGGGCCGAACGGUGGAAGCAGCCCGGCGGGCAGCAGCGGUGGUCUGGAGAGCCGGCUACAGCAGGUGUGGGGUCUGCAGGGGGGCCAGCGCAAGCCUCUCACCAGCAGCUACCGCCAGAACUUCUCAGAUGCCAUGAUCGGAGGGGGAGGGGGAGGUGAGGGAGGGGGAAUCUACAGCAAGAGCAACUUCUCCAGCUCUGGAGAAAAGAACUGCUCUUAUUUCGGAUCCGAGGGGACCCAGAGCUGGGGCGACCCCGACUACCCCAAACAGGUGGCCUUCUACGCCCAGCAGCGCUCCAAGAGCUUCGGAGGCCUCCCGCUCCCCCUGACCAGACUCUCCCCUGGCUUAUCCGAUUCCUGCGGAGGCAACAACAACUCCUCAGUCACCAGCAUCGUGCCCGUGGCCGGCUCACCUCAUGCCCAGGCCCGCCGCGCCCACAGUGAGCCCACUUCAGCCGGCGAGGGCUUCCCCGGCCGCCUGCCAGUUCCGGACUCGCCACCGGCCAUCGCGCGGGAGUGCAUGACCUGCUUUGAGAGCAAGGUGACGGCUGCCUUGGUGCCCUGUGGCCACAACCUCUUCUGCAUGGAGUGCGCCAUCCGAAUCUGUGAGCUCAACCACCCGGAGUGCCCAGUGUGCCACACCCAGGUCACACAGGCCAUCCGAAUAUUCUCUUAAGGAACCACAUCAGUUUUUAUCAUUAGUUUUGUCAGUGUUUGUUCAAUAAUAAUUUGCUGUUAUUAUGAUUAUUAUUAUAAUACACACUUUUUGUUUUUCAGAAAAUUUAAAA